CUCCUCCUCUUCUGCUGCUGGACCACUUUGGCCUCCCCUCCCCUCUCUCUCUCUCUCUCGAAGCGGGAGCGCGCCAGCAGCCUCGGGGCCGCGGAGGCAUCGGCGGAGGCGCGGGUCCUGGGUGCGAGUCCGGCGGCGGCGGAGGCGGAGGAGCAGGAGCCGGAGCAGGAUGGGGCCCCGGGGGCUCCUGCGGCUGCUGCCUUGGCUCCUGGCCGCCCUCCAGCUCCUGCCGCCCGAGGCCUCCUCUUGGGCCAAGUACGUCAAGGGCAGGGUCAGCACCAAGGAGGACUGGGUCUUCCUGACUCGCUUCUGCUUCCUUUCCGACUAUGGCCGCCUCGACUUCCAGUUCCGCUAUCCGGAGGCCAAAUGCUGUCAGAAUAUCCUCCUUUAUUUCGAUGAUCCUUCGCAGUGGCCCUCCGUCUACAAGAAGGGAAAUAAGGAUUGUCUGAUGAAAGAGUCCGUGAUCCGUCCAGAAAACAACCAAGUGAUCAACCUCACAACUCAGUACGCUUGGUCCGGGUGUAAGUUGUUGACGGAGAACUCGGAGCGGUAUCUCAGCUGCGCCAGCGGGAGAAGUUUCCGCUCCGUCCGCGAACGCUGGUGGUACGUGGCCCUCAGCAAGUGUGGGGGCGAUGGACUGGAAUUGGAGUACGAGAUGAUUCUCACCAACGGCAAAUCCUUCUGGACCCGUCACUUCUCCGCUGAUGAGUUUGGGAUCCUGGAGACAGACAUCACGUUCCUGCUCAUCUUCAUCCUCAUCCUCAUCAUCUCUUGCUACUUUGGCUAUCUGUUGAAAGGGAGGCAGCUUCUCCACACGACGUACAAGAUGUUCAUGAUGGCGGCCGGUGUGGAAGUGCUGAGCCUGAUGUUCUUCUGUAUUUAUUGGGGCCAGUAUGCAAGCGAUGGGAUUGGGAACAGCAGCCUCAAAAUCUUGGCCAAACUCCUCUUCUCCGUCAGUUUCCUGAUCUUCCUCCUAAUGCUCAUCCUCCUGGGAAAGGGCUUCACGGUCACCAGGGGCCGGAUCAGCCACACCGGCUCCGUCAAGCUUUCUGUCUACAUGACGCUCUACACCAUCACCCAUGUUGUUCUCUUCAUCUACGAGGCCGAGUUCUUUGACCAGGCGCAGGUGUUGUACACCUAUGAGUCCCCGGCUGGAUACGGCCUCAUCGCCCUGCAGUUUGUGGCCUACAUCUGGUUCUGCUACGCCAUCCUCAUCACCCUCAAGCAGUUCCCGGAGAAGCAGCCCUUCUAUGUCCCCUUCUUUGCCGCCUACACUCUCUGGUUCUUUGCUGUCCCGGUGACCGCCCUCAUUGCUAACUUUGGGAUCCCCAAAUGGGCCCGAGAGAAGAUCGUCAAUGGCAUCCAGCUUGGCAUCCACCUCUAUGCCCAUGCUGUCUUCCUGAUUAUGACCCGGCCCUCGGCUGCCAACAAGAACUUCCCGUACCACGUGCGGACGUCGCAGAUCGGCAUCGUGGAAGAGGCGGCGGCGGCGGCGGCGGCCGGAGCCAAGUUCCCCCAUCAUGUCUACGGCAACGUGACGUUCAUCAGCGACUCGGUGCCCAACUUUACAGAGCUCUUCUCCAUCCCUCAGAGCACUGGGAGCAACGCCAGCCAUCCCCGCAAGCAGACGGAGGAGACGUCGUCCGCUGACCGGAUCCUGACGCCCAGCUGCGUGGUCACUACGUCUGAACACAGCGCUGCCCCCAUCCUCCUGAAGCCGUCCUCAAGCAGCGAGAGCCAGCUGCCCCCCUACCAGCUCCACGCCCCCCAACUCCACCAGCAUAACGGCUACACCGAGUAUUUUAGCAUGCACACGAACGGCGCCCGGCCCGUCUAGGCCCUUCCUCACUCCCUCUCUCAGCCUUUGCAGGGGAGGCACGCCUGGCCUCCAGCCCCCCGUUUCUCUUCUGGGUCCCCUUCCCCUCCGCAGCCCCUCUGCCAAAUUCCUCUCCCCCUUUUGACGUCUUGCUGUAUCAGAGGGCUAUUCUUUCUCUCCCGCAGAAUGGUUCCAUUUUAGCCGGAACGUGGACAAGACCAAAGUUAAGACUGGGGUCGAUCUGGUCCUCCUUCCUGUCCUCCAUUUCUCCCCCAAUCCCACCCAAGCCCCCUUGACCAUUCAGUACGACAGAAGGAAUGAAUCCUCGCCAUGUUAGUUUGUAUGUAUGCUAUGUUUCUGUCCUUCCUUGUGGGACAGUUGUGCGCUCUCCGGUUUGGGGCCACUGGUUCCAUUGAGGAAUCCGGGAUUUUGGACAAACGGGGGCGUUUGCAGAUGGGUGUUAUCUUGCAUUCCUAGUUCGCCCAGGAUGACCGGCUGGUCCUUGGCUGAACUCCCUCCUGACCACUAGUAGAAAGAGUGACCCACCGGAUGGUCACCAUAGCCUUCCAUUAUUGCCAUUGUGACUGGUCCAACGGUUCUUCAGUAUCAGGCGCAGACUUUUCCAGCCCAGACUGGCUUGGUCACAAUGCCUCCGCAUUUUCCCUUUCCCGCUCUUGUAUCCGUCCCCCUUUUAAUGCCACUCUUUCCCCAGUUUUGCCACAACGGCCGCGGGAACCUCUCCCAUCCUUCUGUCCGGCGGACGUCCCGGGCGAGAGUGCAUUUACCUUCUUCCCUUCCUGCGGCGGAGCUGUGGGUCUGAGUUCCUGAUGACGGUGGAUUUCUGAAAUACACCAGAGUGGGUUUGGGGUUGUUUCUCUCUUUUUUGGCCAAAUAAAGAGGAUUCUUGUGUUUCUA